CUUAUCCCCUCCCCUCCCGCGCUCCCUCGGUCACUUUCGCUUUCGCGUUUCCCAAGCUGCGCCACAGCUGUGCUCGGUGACGGCUGCGAUGGCUCCAGCGCUGGGUCUGGGGGUGCUCUUGGGGCUCCUGGGGCUCCUGGGGACCCCGGCGGAAGCGACGAAAGUUCUCCACUCCCUGCGGUACCUGCACGUGGCGGUGUCGGAGCCCGGCCCGGGGGUCCCCCAGUUCGUGUCCGUGGGGUUCGUGGAUGGGAUCCCCUUCGUGCGCUGCGACAGCGAGCGGGGCCGGAUGGAGCCGCAGACGCCGUGGAUGGAGAAGGGAGCAGAGCCGGGAUAUUGGGAUGGCCAGACUGAGAGGUGCAAGAGGGGUCAGCAGGUCUAUGCCAUUAACCUGGAGACGCUGCGGGGCCGGUACAACCAGAGCAGGGGUCUCCACACACUGCAGCGGGUUUAUGGCUGUGACCUCCUGGCCGAUGGGAGCGUCCGUGGAUCCUUUCGGGACGGCUACGACGGGUGGGAUUUCCUCUCCUUGGAGCCGGGAUCCCGGGGCUUUGUGCCGGCCGACGGCGCUGCCCAGGUCACCACGAGGCGCUGGAAUAGUGACGGGGCCACGGUGGAGCAACUGACGAAUUACAUGGAGCACAUCUGCCCGGAAUGGCUCCAGAAAUACGUCGGAUACGGACAGGAGGCACUGGAGCGAAAAGAGCCCCCCGAUGUCCACGUGUCCGGAAAAGAGGAAUUCGGGACGCUGAUCUUGUCCUGCCACGCCUACGGAUUCUACCCCAGGCCCAUCGCAGUCAGCUGGAUGAAGGGGGAUGAAAUCCGGGAUCAGGAGACGGAGUGGGGCGGGGUCGUUCCCAACAGCGAUGGCACCUUCCACACCUGGGCCAGGAUCGAGGCGCGGCCGGAGGAGCGGGAGCAGUACCGGUGCCGGGUGGAGCAUUCCGGAAUGCCGGAGCCCGGGAUCUUCGCCUUGGAGCCAGAAUCCGGCGGGAAUCUCACCCUGGUGGUCGCUGUGUCCAUCAUCGCUGCCAUCGUCAUCCUCGUUCUUGUCGGAUUCCUCGUCUGGAAGCACCAAUCCGGGAGGAGGCAGAACCAUGGAUACAGCCCGCCAGCCGGAAAAGACGUGGGAACCAAUGGCUCAACCGCAGUACAAAUCACCGCCUGAGCGAUCCACGCAGCGGAGCCGGAGCCGGCCCCUUCUCUCUUCAGAUUCGGCAGAUUCAGCCAAGCUCAUCCCGCUGCUUCCACCCAUCCCGGCCCUGCCCAUCCCAGCCCUGUCCAUCCCGGCCUCUCCCAUCCUGGCACUGUCCAUCCCGCUGCUCCCGCCCAUCCCAGCCUCUCCCGUCCCAGUUCUGUCCAUCCUGGCCUCUCCCAUCCCAGCCCUGUCCAUCCCGGCCUCUCCCAUCCUAUCCCUGUCCAUCCCGCUGCUCCCACCCACUCCACAGCUCUUCCCAAUUUCGCAUAUUUUAAAGCCAAGAACCACAAUUAUUCCUGACGCUUUUUGAUGUGAAAUUAUCUUUCUUUGGCCAAUGAAUUUUGCUUUGGGCAAUAAAUCUGGGUUCCCUC